AUGAUUAACGGAGUGAAAGAUUUCUCGCUGGUGACAAGUCCAGAGUUUGAGGAAAGUUUAGAAGGAAUUCAAGCUUCAAUCAACUCUUUCAAGAAAAAAUAUGAGCAGAUUCUUGAAGUGCAGAAGGAGCUGAAUGACAACCGAGAGGAUGCGCGUGAAAUGACGGUGAAGUACAAACAGCGAAUAGAAAAACUGAAGGACGACAUUAUUAAGGACCAGCAGACCCACACCAAGAGCCUUGCAAAUGAAAAAAAGAAGCUGGCGAAACACGAGCAGGAGGAGCGAGAACUGGAAGAGGAGAUCGAGAGAGUCAAAGUGGCGGUGAAAGAGGAAAAAGACAAACUCUUGCAUCUGAAACAGGAAGCUGACGUGUUCGCCGCCGUGCCGGAGAGGAAGGUCAUCUUCAAAGGAGAGGCGGCGAAAGCGACCAACUCACAAGACUUUCAGAUGGAGGCACAUAUAGUUUAUCCCAUGAACGGAGGAACGGCGCUGGUUACGUUUGAGGAGGAAGUCGUGGCCAAGAAGAUCCUGGUGACGAAGAAGCACCAGGUGGAUCUGGGAGGAGACUGCAGCAUCUGUGUGGAGGCCCGACUGGUUCAGCUGAUUGUGCCUUCGCUGGUGGAGAUCGACACCCAGGUUUGUCCUCAUCGCAUUUUAAUUUCCAACCUGCCCAAGAUGGACACCGACACUCUGCUGAACAAGCUGGAGAUCCACUUCUCUAAGAGUAAAAACGGAGGUGGAGAGGUGGACGAGUGCGAGAUGCUGACUGACUCCGGGACUGUGGUCCUCACGUUUGUGGAAAAUAACAUUGCCAGCGGUUUGACAGACAUAGAGCAACAUGAAGUGAAGCUGCAACAGAAGAAGCACAAAGUGAGAGUGACGCCUUUUAUAAACGGAAAGAUUACAGACUUCAAGAGCAAGAUGUCGGUGUGUCCUCGGACGGUGCUGCUGACGGGAAUCCCCGUCGUCAUGGAGCAAGACACUCUGCAGGAUCUGCUGGAGAUCCACUUCCAGAAGAGCAGCAACGGCGGCGGAGAGAUCGAAGCCCUCCUGUACAACCCGAUGGGAGAGCAGACCCUAGCCCAAUUCGAGACCGUCCCUCCAAACAGUGAGGAGGAGUAAGAGCGGUAGACUCAUCCUCAUCCUCAUCAUC